AUGACUUUGUACUCCAUCAGUAUUCAUUUGUUGGUGCAUGUAAUCUUGGCAUUACAACAUCUGGACGGCACGGUUUUUCAGGACGCCCUGAUGCCCCCCAUCGGCAUUAGGCAGUGGGCCAGCAUGCCUCACACUGAACUGAACACCAGCACCUUCAACUUCCAUCAACAACCCUGGACCAAACAGAACACCAGCGAGACCACUGGACACAGUUUGUACAAGUGCACCGGAGAGGAUUGUGUUAUGGUCAGCUUGGAACCCACUGCUACCCGGGUAGCUACAAACAACACUAAACCACUCAGUGGCCUUGUCGAUAGAGUGUCCGCCCUGAGAUUGGAAGGUCGGGUGGUUUAUCCACGGUCGAGUCAUACCAAAGACUCUGAAAAUGGGACCCGAUGCCUCUCAGCUUGGCACACAUUAAGGAGAUGGAUUGGGGGUAAGGCCCUGCGACAGACUUGUGUCCUAUCCAGGGGGGAUACAUCAAGCUGCCUCAUGCUACAGAAACAGGAGAUAGGCUCCUGCCCUGUGGGCCAUUGUGGCUCGGACAAGGCCACCGCCACCCAGACCAGAAACAGUAUUGACCAGAAAUACAGAGACGUUAGUGCUUUGCACCAGACAACCAGUGAUUCUACAGCCAGCCUCAGAACGCUUCGCACCCGAGUAGCUGAGCUCAGGAGUAGGGAGAGAGCGGGAGCGAGUGAGCUUGUGUGGAAGAAGAUGGUGGAAGUGAUUCAUGGGGCAGAAGAGAGGAGGAUAGAGGCUGCAGGCUGCAUGUUUCUGGCUCUUUGCUGCUGGUUGUACGGCAUGGGCCUGCUGCUCACCUUCAGUGUCAGAGGACUACUGCAGAUAAUGGUUGCAUUAGAGCUCCAUGGAGAUGAACACAAGGAGAGAGGAGCCGAGAGGGAGACAGAAGGCUGUAAAGAUGCUCAAACCGCUCCCGUAUGGGUGACCUCCCGUGGUUCAACUAAGAAGAGAGCCCGCCGCCGCCGUCAGUCCAACAAGGGGAAACACUGA